UUUUUGGUUUCAUAAUGCUUGUUCGCUUCGGGACCGGAGAAAACGAAAUUUGCUUGCAUGUAGUCCAUGUCCAACUGUCCAAGUCCAACGCCCCAAGCCCAGCCCACUGUCCAUCCCGUUCGGCCAUUCCCAAUUCCUAAAUUCAAAAUCCCAACUUCCGAUCCCCAAAUCCCAAAUCCCAUGUCGCUUCUGGUUCUCAGUUUCUUAGGGUUAGAAACUUAGAAAAUUCAAGUUUCAACUUUCAGAUUCGGGCGUUCAAAACUCACUACUCAGGCGUGAUUAAUGAAGCGGUGCAGGUGAUUCUUGUUCUAAUUAUGUUCGUGUAAUCGUGUUCGUUAGAGAGAGCAAGGCCGAGGGUUUUGUGGAAUCGUGUUCAUCAGAGAGAGCAGCUAAGCAGUGAGCAGGUGAUUCGUGUUCGUGACGGACAAUCGAAGAGAGAGCAGGGACGAGGGUUCGCAGUGCAUUAUAAAGCUUGAAUUGGUCAACUUGUGAGCCUUCAACCAGUUCGUGUUCGUAUGAAUCGAAGGGCUGAACCGAAGGACCCUAAUGAUCUCAUCGAUCAGAAAUGUGAAAGCAGACUUUACAUUGGUAACCUUGACCAGAGAAUAUCAGAAGCUGCUUUGAUUAAGAUGUUCUCCCCAUUUGGGAAGAUUGUGUCAGAGGACUUCUUGUGGCAUACUCGUGGCCCUAAACGCGGAGAGCCACGUGGAUUUGCCUUUAUCCAGUUUAGCACUAGAGAGGAAGCUAAACUGGCCAAGGAGAAGAUGAAUGGAAAGUUGGCCAGUGGCCGUCACUUGGUUGUUCACCUUGCUAGUGAGAAAUACUUGGGGGAAACAGCAGAAAAUUGUUCUAAAGCAGGUGGUGAGCCAAACAGAUUAGGCCUCACUGGUAGCAGUUCGGGACAAAUGAGUCGGAGUGCAAAAAUAGCUGCAAUAAAGAACAAAUUAAAGGCUAUGGAGGAAGAGAGUCCUAGCAUUAAGAAGCAGAAGCAAACCGACACCAUCUCUUGCAGCAGCAGUCUCAAACAUUUAUCUGUCAAAAGAUAACAUUGUAAGUCCCCAUUCUGUUACUACGGAAGAAAAUUAUAAAAAAUUACAUAUUGGAAGGUUGCUGUUAUCAUGUGAUGCUUGCUGUUGUUACUAUAUACAAAAAUUCAAUUUACUUUUUCCCUUCAAUUUACUACAUGUUCGUAAACACAACCUUACCUUAUGAAGCUCCGAUGAUUGUGUUGCA